GCCCAAUAAAUCUCCACUCGUUGAAUCCCUUGCAUGAUCCGGGAAUUCAAAGCCAAAUCGUUAGCUUUUAUGGCACGGAACUAGAAGUCAAAGUCCCUUGCGCUUCUUUCAUUCCAUGGCAACUGAGGGGUCAAACCGAUUCUCUUAUCAUUUUUCUUGAUUCAACUUCUAAUAUGAUUACGGCUAGAAGCCACCUCAAAGUUCCCGCAACCGGGUCUCUGUAUAUUUCAUGUUUGGUGUCCUAAUUCUAUCAGUUUGAAGAAAAAUUGACGCUGGAUUGAGAGGAAAAUCCAUAGGAGUUAUUGGUACUGUUCAUGAAAACAGGCCUUGAUUUUGGUAUAUAUCGAUAUCAUCCAAGGGCUUUUCUCUGUUUGCAGUUCUGAAUUUCGACUCUUCUGGGGUUUGUUUGGUUGAGGAUUUACUCAUGUGUGUUUUUGCCAGAUCGACGUUUCCCUAUCAAAAUGGAUUUCUAUUUAGGAGUCGGUGGACAAAAUGGUUACUUUGUUCUUCGAAGUUCAUAACUUAUCUGGGAUGAUUUUUUAUGAUAUACUGCAUAAUUUUUCUGUGGGUGUUCUUGUAUAUUUGAUCUCUUGACAUUUAUCAACAAAAGAGUGAAACUUUGGCUGUUCUAGAUAUGGGAAUUGUAGGACGGAUGAGGGUUGUUUUUCUCUUCUUAAUGGCUUCAGGCUUUGUUAGUAAUUUAAUGGCUGACCCAAGAACAACUGUGGCUGGAUUUCAAUGCAAUUCAACAGAAGCUGUUUCGUCUGUUCUUCUUGCACAAAAUUUUGUUCCUGCAAUGGCUAAUCUGAGCACUCAGGUUAAUGAAGAUGGGUUUGGAACUUCUAUUGUGGGUGAGGCCCCAAAUGCUGUUUUUGGACUUGCUCAGUGCUUCAAAGACCUUAGCUCCAUUGACUGUCAACUCUGCUUCUCUGAAAUUCGGUCUAUUCUCCCAAAGUGCUAUCCAGAUACAGGUGGAAGGAUAUUCUUUGAUGGGUGUUUUGGCCGAUAUGAGAAUUUCUCGUUCUUCGAUCAAGGUAUGGAUUCAGUACAGUUAAAAAACUGUUCUUCUAGCAAGAACAGUUCUCAGCCUGGUAUAUUUAAAGAAGCUUUAGAAAGGGUCAUUGAAAGUGUGAGCUUAAAGGCUCAGAAGAAUCAGGGUUUUGCGGUGGCAUCCCAUUCGGUCUCCAAUUUGACAUUACAUGCUCUUGCACAAUGUUGGGAGAGCUUAGAUAAGAAGACCUGUAAUUCGUGCCUCCAAGCUUCUGCUUCAUCAAUCAUGUCAUGUUAUCCAGGUGUUGACGGCCGGUCUCUCAAUGCAGGCUGUUAUAUGAGAUAUUCAAAUGAGGUUUUCUGGAAUUUGAGCCGGCACACUGGACUUUCUGCAGGGAGAAAGGCCCUCUAUAUCAUAUUAGGUUUGGCUGUUGGUGGAUUUCUAAUCUUAGCUGGAAUAGGCUUGUGGAAAAAGGGGCACCUAAGACAGUCAUUUGGCAAAUCUUUGAAAGAUAUAUAUGGAUCGGGAUUAUCUUCUGCUCUUGCUCACUCCCAGCUAAACUUUAGAUACCAGGAAUUGAGACAAGCAACUAACAAUUUUGAUUCAUCAAACAAGCUUGGACAGGGUAGUUAUGGGAGUGUCUACAAGGGAAUUCUUUUGGAUGGAAGAGAAGUUGCAGUGAAACGGUUGUUUCUGAAUACAAGACAGUGGAUUGAUCAGUUCUUCAAUGAGGUGCAUCUGAUCAACCAGGUACGCCACAAAAAUCUGGUGAAGUUGCUAGGUUACAGUGUGGAUGGCCAAGAGAGCUUGCUUGUUUACGACUACUACCCCAACAAGAGCUUAGAUCAUUUUAUAUUUGAUGAAAAUCAAGCCCAGAUUUUAGACUGGAAAAAGAGGAUCGAUAUCAUUCAAGGGGUGGCAGAAGGUCUUUCUUACCUCCAUGAGGAGUCUGAAAUCCGAAUAAUCCAUAGAGACAUAAAAGCAAGUAAUAUUCUCUUGGAUGACAAACUGAAGCCCAAGAUAACUGACUUUGGCCUUGCAAGAUCUUUCGCAGAGGACCAAACUCAUCUUAGCACUGGAAUAGCUGGUACCCUAGGUUAUAUGGCUCCUGAGUAUGUUGUCCAUGGGCAUCUGACAGAGAAAGCUGAUGUAUACAGCUUUGGAGUACUUCUACUUGAAAUUCUGACUGGGCAGAGGUGCAGCAAUGGCACUGGAGCAAAACCCGGGCAAUUUUUCUUAGCUAAGAUAUGGAGUCAUUACAAGGCUGAAACAGUUGAUGAAAUAAUGGACAGACAUUUCUAUGACGAAGAAGUGAAAGAUGAGAUUUUGCAUGCCGUUCAUGUGGGAUUAUUGUGCACACAAGCUACACCAAGUUACCGCCCCACAAUGGCAAAAGUAGUGGAAUUGCUGAGAAGCACCAAGAAUCAAGAAAAUGUUUUUCCAACAGAUCCACCAUUUUUAGAUGUUUUAUCAGUGGAAAACCUGGAAGAAGGUGACGGUAUUCAUUUGCUAUCUGGGGCCUCUGCUCCUGGCUUUUCAGGAUCCACGGGAAGUGUACUAUAUGGAAGAUAACCUGAAUACUUGAUGUAUUAUGUUUAGUAUUCUUAAAUACAGGUUUAUGGUGAACUCACUGAUGCAUCCAAGAGGCUCCACUUCCUUAUGUUGGUCCUUCUCUUGAGCUCCCCCAUUUUUCACUCCUGUAUUUAUACUAAUCCCCUUUUUUUUUUUUUUUUUGUAUUCUGCAUAUAGUGUUCUAUUGGUCAGAUGCAACUCUUUUGAUUUCAAA